CUUUGUCAGGAAAAACGGGAAGAAGUGUUCGCUUUUUCGCUGAUCUAGAGUAGAUCUUUCUCUUCAUUUGCGCACUAGUCAUGUAGUUUCGUGCUCUCCUUCCAGUAUUUACGGCUUCUACUUCCCUCUAUAUUUUUCUGUCGUAAAAAUAUUUUUACCGUUCCUGGCUUUGGCAACUCGUCAGACAAUCGGUUUUUUGUAGUAAGUAAUAACAUAUCGCUCGCUACUUCCGCUGCGCGAGGACACGGGCCGCCGCGAGCAGCACUUGAAGAGGGAACAAAGCCAGCUCAUAGUAAAACCCAGCUCCUCGUCGACCACAUGCCACCUGGCCACAUAACUAAGCAGAAGGAGCUCCGCCACCUGCAGCUGCAACCCACGCUCACAACUUCCCCAGUAAAUAAAAUGUCGUCCUCCUCGAGCACGAGUCGUUUUGAUAGCGGCGACAAAGCCUGCUCACCGUGCGCAGCGACCAUGGACACAAGAACGACAGGCAGAGUAAACACUACACCCGCCAAACAAACUAGAUCAACAACACCAAGAAAAAUAAGAAAAGCGCCCUCAGCUGGUGCAGCUACAUCUUCUCCCACUAGUACCCGAAAGAAACUCCUGACGACAGCGGCCGGACUUUUUUUCUCCACCACGGCAGGCACAACCGCCGCCCCGGCGAAAGCACCUGGUGCGGGUCCAACGGAGGGAAUCAACAGCCGCAUUCUGAUGAUUCCAGACAUUCACGGCGACUACGAAUUGAUGCAGCAAGCGCUGAGCUUCGUCUACCCAAUAGACAAAGACCACGAUCAGUUGAUAUUUACUUAGACCAGAAAAUCGGAAGAAGUACAUACUUUUUCGCGCACCCGCUUGCAUGACGGGCCGCUAUCGUUUCGCUUCGGGGGCGGCGGGGUGCCCCGACAGUACACCCGGCCCGAGGGCCUCGCUGCGCCAUGCAGCGGCUCGGGCGUUGUGGCUUGCCAAAGAGAACCGGGGCGGCCUCCCGACCUCGAAGCCCGCCAGGAGCGAGAAACGCCGCCCCACCAAGCGGCCUCCCCGCGAGCCCGUCCCGGUCGGGCCGGUGCGGCGCCGCCAUGUUUUUUGCCGGAUGCGCAUGGGCCUGCUCGCCGUACCGGAGGGGCCGGCCCUCGAAGCAGUAGGGCGCGCGCCCCUGAGGUGGGGCCUGCUUCGGCCCCAACAGCAGCCGCCCCACAAUUGGGGGGCCGGGAAGGGGGGCCCGGAAGGCGCGCGGGCCCCCCCUUCUGGAGGGGGGGUAAAAAGGGGGCCGAAUUGGCCCAAUUCUGCCGCCUUUUUUAGGGGGGGGCAAAAAAUGGCCUUCCCCCGCUACUACAGGGGGGGGGCAAAAUGGCCCAGAAGCGGGCACAUUUUACCCCCCCUCAAAAAGGGGGGCGAAUUGGGCCAAUUCGGCCCCCCUUUUCCCCCCCCCUCCGGAAGGGGGAGGCGCGCGUGCCUCUUGGGGGGCCUGCAGUUCACCCGCCGGCCGGGGCCCCGGAAGGGAAAAGGCGCGCCAGGCCGCGGCCAAAGCAAGAGCUUUUCCGUGCCCGGAAGGGCUUCGCGUUGGGGCCCCGGGAUGCGCGCCGCGUCGGUUGUGUGUCCCCGACGUGGGCCCAGCUCGGGGGCGGGUGGCGGGGUGUUGGCUGCGUGCCGUCGCCUUCCUAUCUACGCCAAGCCGACCCGCCCCGGCCCCGGCCGCGCAGCCGCAAUGCCGGGGGCUAAUUUUUCCGGGAUAAAACAACCCGGAACGCGGUCGCGCCUUCGCACCCCCCAACCUCAUUCAGGCCGCGACCCCCAUUGCAACGGGAUACGCAAAAAAACAUGUACUUCUUCCGAUUUUCUGGUCUAAUUUACCGGGGAUUUCGUCGACCGCGGACCGCAACCGCGGGAGUGCUACGAAUUAUCGCAAGUUUUAGCGGAUAACUACAACGUAACCAGGCUAACGGGUAACCACGAGUGGGUCACGAUACAGGGGGUCGGGCAGUACUGCACGAGAUUUUUUUGUUGUUUUGCUUUAUUUAAUGGAGGCAACGUAAAACACUGUGAUUUGCGUAAAUUGAUAAAUUUGAAUUUCAUUCUUGCUACUUCUCGUUCGGGUUUGGCACGACAAAUUCAUAUUGAACUCAGAUGUUGAUUACAAGCAAACCAAUACCAGACACGACCCAUUUGCCAUGUACGUUCCUGAAGAAGAUUUGAAGAGCUUUGGAACCUGGCCAGAGAGAUAUGACAGCCUCAGGUUGGAAAUCCUCAAAGUGCAAAUAAUUUGUAAUGCAAAAAAACGACUCCAGUUGAAGCGCCAUUUGUAGUCGGCGCAUGACAAAUUUCCUGGGCCCUUAAAGCAUGUCUGUCAUGCAGGUUAAGGCAAAGGGCUGCGCUUCUGUCGUGCUAAGCAGCACUCCAAUUCUUGACCCCUAGCAGGACAAUAGUCGGCCUUUAUUGUGUCCUCUGCAAAACAGUCUUUUUGAGUCGUAUUUCAUGCAUCACAAAUCAUUUCCAAUUUGAGGAUUUCCAUUCUGAGGCUUUCAUAAGAGACAGCACGCUUUUUCAAAGGACGGGCAUUUCGGCAAAAUGAUUCGCCGCAAGUUCGAUGUGAUAGCGGUAUAGAAUAAAGUUCUGCUUCUAGAACCCUUGUGGUAACUUUUGCUACGCACUUCUCUUGCUUGGUUAGACUCAUGAUUACGUUUCUCGCACUACGUUCAUCAUCUCUGCAUCACAAAAAUCACGCUGAAAAUAAAACACCAGCUUCUCGGCAUCGACUCCGACCCGAUGAGCAAAACUCUAUUUGUGCACGCCGGGAUAAGCAUCCGAACGAUGCAGCAAUGGGGCACCGUCGAGGCAAUCAAAAAAGCGGGCCGGGAGAUGCUCCAGAGUGACUACCUGGACACUGUUUUGCUCAACGAAAUUUUGCAAACGCGGCAUCUCGCGCAAGGCCCGGACAGCCGCGUGUGCAUGGAGGUGAGACAAAUUUUGAAGGUUGCGAAGGCGGAAAGGCUUGUCGUUGGGCACACGUAUGCAUGGCAAAUAUGUCUGGGUCCUCUGGAAAGAACUUGGGGUUGUGAUGCUGGUUUGAGAGGAAAGACAGGAUCGGCACCUCAUGUGGUUGCCAAGUAUGACAAAUUUUGGCGAUGUUGCCACGGUGUUGUCGAAUCUGCAUGACAAACUUGGCUUUUGCAUGACAAAAAAGUGGGGCUACUUUUGGGGACCCCGCAUGACAACCUACGUGAGAGUCAAAUGUUAGCGGUGCAUGCCAAACCAUGAAAAUUUUUCCAGACUACCCAGACAUAUUUGCAAUGCAUACCACGCCAACGCCGCUGAUCGGUGGGCAGCCGGGGGAACCGAUCGUGAAGUACUUCUACAGAGCUACUCUUGUCAUCAUGUUUUUCAAAAUUUCUGUCUCAAGUGAGUGACGCACUGCAUGACAGAACUGCAUUGUAUUGCUAAUGUUCGCAUGACAAAAUCAAAAAUCACUAUCAGGUGCAAAGGCCGCUUUAUCCUGAUGGAUGUUGCGAUGUCCAGGUGGAUGGGCGGCGGCAUGCCUAUGGAAGCGUCAGGUUUGAAAUCGACAAAGCUGAAACGAUUUGGCAUGCAUAAAAUGCAAGGCAUGAAAUGCCUGUCUUGCCGGGAUGGCAAGUGAGGCCGACUGUCAGCCUGUUUAGGGUUUGGAAUAGAGCUGCUAAAGUAGCAUGACAAAAGCAAUCGCCUGUGCCCAAACAGAAUGACAAAUUGGAUUCCGGCGCUCGGAAAAUUUGUCAUGCACCGCUUAUAAAUUGGGUUUCCAACUGGUAUCGAUUUUAUGCAUUACAAGUUAUUUCAACUUUGACGAUUUCAAUCCUGACGCUUCCAUAAUGCCCGCAGCUUUGAUCAUCGAGACAGAUGCGAAUACCGGGAAGUUAAGCCGGGUCUUCUACAAAAUCAAGGCGGGGGAAGAGCACGAUGUGCCGCUGCCAGAAACGUCGCUGCAAGACACCAAGGAUGGCGACGACUUGCGGCAGGAGUUGUAGUCGAUGUAGUCUGCAAGGCAGUUUGUUUUCCUGUCUGACUUCCUUCAACAGGCACAUCUUCAUACCCAAAGUAAAUGCUUAAUACACUAGUUUAGCAACGAACCUGCAUGACAUGGAAAGUGAAUACCCACUUUGCAACAUGAUGCUCAUUUUCGAUGUUGAGUAGAGAUCCCCACAGCAUACCUCGACAUAGCAAAGCUGCCCGUGCAAUGUCAGGGCAAAUUUUCUAAAACGUCGUGGUCACGAUAACUACUUACAUUUUUUUAAGGCAACCUACAGACAUCUGAAACUUGUCUUGACGUUUCCUAGAAUUUUUCCAGACGCAUCUCGGUCAUGCACCGCCAACAGGCUACCAGGUUGACAGCUAAUAGAUACUACUUUGAUUUUUGAACUGGGACAAGUCAGACUUGUUUAUCAAAAUCGCAUGUGAGGCUUGAAGUUGAAGACAACCAAUACGAACGCAACUGAAUGAGAAAGCGUAGAAAACGAAAAGCGGCAAUUGCCUAGCAGAGCGCUUGACAUUUGCUCUAUUCCGGCGAACAAAUUGCUUUCUCAUCUGCGAGGGCACUAAUUGCAUCAGCAUAGCGACCCCAUUUUUUUCCCUCAGUGCUGCUGCUGGUGUUGAGUUUUUUCCGCGUAAUAUGAAAC